AUGAUAGUUUUGAUAUUUCUCUUUGUUGCCUUUGCUCAAGGAAGCCGAUAUGUGGUGCAAUGUUCACUAUCCAGAACAUCAAUUGAAAAUUCUCUUUAUGCUGCAAAUAUUAAUAGGCUUGCAGCAAUCGUAGUUAAUUCAACACAUUUUCUCUAUGAACAAACAGUUGGUUAUAAUGCAUCACGAAUAAUAGAUACAGGUCGACUGAUUGAUUCAUGCAAAACAAUUUUUGUCUUGGCUUCUAUUUCGAAAACAUUCAUCGCUGUAGUCGUUCUGCAACUCGUCGAAUUCAAUAAACUUGAUCUUGAUAAAGAUGUUAAUCAAUAUCUACUGUCGCAUAUGAAAGUGAUUCAUCCAGUGUAUCCAACUAUUCCGAUUACAAUGCGACAUAUACUAAUCCAGGCUGGACUGUUCGACCUGGGAACACAUACAUCAGGUAUUGGACCUAAUUUCGAUGAAGAAAUGAAACAUUACUUGCCAAGUGAUGAUUUUACUAAGAAAAAUCUUAGUGAUACAAUUUUACUGUAUAUAAAUAAUAAAUCCAAUUGGUUGUCCAAGCUACCCGGAACUACAUUUCAUUAUUCUAAUACUGGUGCUAGUUUAGUUGAAUUAGUUAUUGAACAAAUAGCAGAAAUUCCAUUUGGACGACACGUGGAUAAUACAUCCGAGUUGCUUUACAUUCCUCACUUUAGUGUGACUGAUUAUCCAGCUGGUCUACUUCGUAUGUCGGCUCAUUCACUGGCUAUCUAUUUCCAAUCAUUUCUCAAUAAUUUCCCAUCUGUUCUAUUGAAUUCAUCUUCCGUAAAUGAAAUGAUUCGAGUUAACCGAAAUGAAAAGGCAGAGGUUCGAUUCGGUUUGCUUUGGUAUUGGUUAAAUUUCCAUAGAAGUCGUUUUAUUGGGCAUCGGGGUGUUAUGCUUGGUAUAAUAAAUAUAAUGAUGGCAAAUGCUAAUAGAACUUUAGGCGUAGCUAUCUUAUCGAAUGGUGAUGUUAGAAAGUCGGACGAGUCAGCAAAAAAUGUUGAAGUAACAAAUAAUGAGUCUUAUGAUCAAAUUGUUCCAUUGCUUUGA